AUGGGUUUGCGUAAAUGGCUGAGCAGAGUGUGUGCAGCUGCUGGCCUGGUGUUCUUUCUUUGUGAGGAUUCUCAAGGUGAAAGAAGCUGGGAGGUGCCUCGCUUUGACGGCUGGUACAACAGUUUGGCGCAUCCGGAGCGCGGAGCCGUCGGUUCUCAUCUCCUGCGCCUCGUGCCCGCGCGCUACUGGGAUGGAGUCUACCAACCUGUGCACGAGCCGGUUCAGCCGAACGCGCGCGCGCUGAGCAGGCUACUGGCCAGGGGCCCCUCCGGUCUGCCCUCAGCGCGCAACCGGACCGUCCUGUCUCUGUUCUUCGGUUACCACGUUGCGUUUGAAAUCUUUGACCUGAGAGCUCCUGGUUGUCCUCCUCAGUUCAUGAACAUCAAAGUCCCCAAAGGGGACCCCGUCUUUGACCGCAAUGCUACUGGGAAAGUGCUGCUGCCUUUCCAGAGGGCGCAAUGGGACAAACAGUCCGGCCAGAGUCCCAGCAACCCCCGGAUUCAGGUGAACUCUGUGACGGCGUGGAUAGAUGGGAGCUCCAUUUAUGGUCCUUCCUCUUCUUGGUCUGACUUCCUGAGAAACUUUUCUGGAGGACUCUUGACUUCAGGGUCUGAGUGGAAGAUGCCGAAUCAGGGAGGGGGGAGGAACUUCAUGUGGAGCGCCCCCGACCCCUCCACUGGAGAAAACGGACCGCAGGGUCUUUAUGUAAAGUGCAUCGACGAUUAUGCUUGUUAA